CCCGAGCCCGCGAAGGGCCCCUGCGUUCCCAGGGCGCCGCCCCCUGGCCGCGCCGUCCAGCAUCCUUACCGCUGUGCCUUGUGCUCCGGCCCCAGUUCCACCCUCUCCAUCCCACCUCCUGGCCCCCCAGCCCCCCCCCCCAGCACCUCCUCACCACGUUGUGCUCUUCAGUCCCCGUGCCCCCCCCCUCCCCGGUACCAUGAGUUCCCCGAUGGGCAAGUCGCGCUCCCUGGCCGCCUUCCUGCGACGGCUGCGCAGCCUCCAUCAGCCCCCCAGACCCAUGGGGUCGAAGCCGUGCGCGCCCUCUCCGCGGCGCGAGGUGCCCCUGUGCCCCCCGAUGGCCUCGGCCGAGACGCAGAGCGCGUGCGCCCUGCCCGGCCCCACCAACUGGCCCCUGCUGGGCAGCCUGCUGGAGAUUCUUUGGAAAGGGGGCCUGAAGAAGCAGCACGACACGCUGGCCGAGUACCACCAGAAGUACGGCGAGAUCUUCCGCAUGAAGCUGGGCGCCUUCGACUCCGUGCACCUGGGCUCCCCCGGCCUGCUGGAGGCGCUGUACCGCACCGAGGGCGCGCACCCGCAGCGCCUGGAGAUCAAGCCCUGGAAGGCCUACCGCGACCACCGCCAGGAGGGCUACGGGCUGCUCAUCCUGGAAGGGGAGGACUGGCAGAGGGUUCGCAGCGCUUUCCAGAAGAAACUCAUGAAGCCCGUGGAAGUUAGCAAGCUGGACAACAAAAUGAACGAGGUCUUGGCUGAUUUUGUGGGUAGAAUAGCUGAGCUUUCUGAUGCCAGAGGCCACAUUGAGGACUUGUACGGCGAGCUGAAUAAAUGGUCCUUUGAAAGUAUCUGCCUCAUCUUAUACGAGAAGAGAUUUGGGCUCCUUCAAAGGAAUGCAGAGGAAGAGGCUCUGAACUUCAUCACGGCCGUCAAAACAAUGAUGAGCACCUUUGGGAGGAUGAUGGUCACCCCAGUAGAGCUGCACAAGAGCCUCAACACCAAGGUGUGGCAGGACCACAUGCUGGCCUGGGACACCAUCUUCAAGUCGGUCAAGGCGUGUGUCGAUAACCGGUUAGAGAAAUAUUCCCAGCAUCCUGGCACCGAUUUCCUCUGUGAUAUUUAUCACCACCACCAGCUUUCCAAGAAGGAGCUGUACGCGGCUGUCACCGAGCUCCAGCUGGCUGCGGUGGAAACGACAGCAAACAGCUUGAUGUGGAUUCUCUAUAAUCUAUCCCGAAACCCGCAAGUACAACAAAGACUUCUUCGGGAAAUUCAAAGUAUAUUACCUGAGAACCAGGUGGCCCGGGCAGAGGAUUUAAGGAAAAUGCCUUACUUAAAGGCCUGCCUGAAAGAGUCCAUGAGGAUUACCCCCAGUGUGCCAUUUACAACUCGAACUCUUGACAAGACCACAGUCCUGGGUGACUAUGUUUUACCCAAAGGAACGGUGUUGAUGCUAAAUACCCAGGUGCUGGGGUCCGAUGAAGACAGUUUUGAGGAUGCAGACCAGUUCAGACCAGAACGCUGGCUUCGAGGGCCGAGGAAGAUCAGCCCCUUCGCACACCUCCCGUUCGGCGUCGGGAAGAGGAUGUGCAUCGGCCGCCGGCUGGCCGAACUCCAGCUCCACCUGGCGCUGUGCUGGAUCGUUCGCAGAUACGAGAUGGUGGCCACCGACCGCGAGCCCGUGGAGAUUCUGCAUCUGGGCCUCCUGGUGCCUAGCCGUGAGCUCCCCAUUGCCUUCGUCCCGCGGUAGGGUGCUGGGAGUUGUUUUUUUUUUGUUUUUUUCCAUGGAGAUCAAGAAAAGCAGUGUUUGCCUCCCUGCAAGAAUGGUGCUUGUGAUUUCGGCAUCAAUGGAAAACCAACCUUGAACCUGGAGCGCAACAGCCUAGAGCCCAAGGGGCCCAUCCUCCCCCCACACAGCUGCGGGGACCGCUGCGGUGCCUCGCUGGCCGUACUUGCUGACCACAUCCCACACAGAGGAGCACAGGGGUGGGAGCCAGCACUGUCCCCACCCCCCUGUCCUGUACACCCGCUCCUUCUAGUGCCUCCCUCCUUCCCUCCCACCCAUGGAGUUGUUCACUGCCCUUUCUCUUCUGCAUGACAUGAAAUCAGAGCAAGGCACUUGCCCUCAAGUCGUGUAAAGGUUAUUCCAUGUUUCUACACCAGCCUUCCAAGUUCACGUUGUUGGGUUUUUUUUUUUUUUAUUAUUCUGUCAGCCUUGGGGCUUGAACUCAGGGCCUGGGCACUGUCCCUGAGCUUUUCUGCUCAAGGCCAGUACUUGGAGCCACAGCUCCACUUCUGGUUUCC